AGACCAGUUCGACCAAUGGCGUAUCAGGUAACCGGGUCAGCUGUGAUGUUGCCACGCCCCCUUCCAUACACGCUGAUUCAAGUGCCAUCAUGGCGGGAGAUGCGCCGGUUGUGAUGACAGGGCAGACAGGAAGAACAUUUACCAACUGGGCCAAGACAUUCUCCUGCGAGCCAGAGCUGUUCUUCGAGCCCACUACAACAGAGGAAAUAAGACAGAUCCUGGACAAAGCCAAACGUGACAGCAAGCAUGUGAAGGUGUGUGGGUUUGGACACUCCCCCUCAGACAUAGCCUGUACCACAGACUACAUGAUCAGUCUGGCCAAGUUCAAACAGGUGUUGGAGGUUGAUAAGGAGAACUGUGUAGUGACAGUCCAGUCCGGAAUCCUGCUCAAGGAGUUGAAUGAGGAAGUGUUGCCAAAAUACAACAUGGCCCUCUCCAAUCAGGGGGCAGUGUCGGAGAUCUCUGCUGCAGGGGUUAUCUCCACUGGAACCCACGGUACAGGCAAGACAUUUGGCAUCUUUGCCACAAAGGUUUUAGAGAUGACAAUGAUGACAGCGUCAGGUGAAGUGCUGAGGUUGUCUCGUGAGGAGAACAAAGAGGUGUUCCUCACAGCGCUGGUGGGCCUGGGCUCCCUGGGGAUCAUUCUCACAGUCAAGAUCCAGUGUGAGCCUGCCUUCAAUCUACAUCAGGUCCAGUUCAGCUGCUCACUUGACAAGAUUCUGAGUAAUUUAGACAAGCACCUGGAUGAGAAUGAACAUUUUAAGUUCAUGUGGUAUCCUUACACAGAUGGAGUGGUGGCAUUUCUUUCCAACAGGACAAAAAAGCCAGUGCAGACCAAUCCCAGCUGGUUUUGGGAUUACUUUGUAGGCUACUAUGUUCUGGAGUUUCUUCUCUGGAUGAGUACAUUUUGUCCAGCCCUUCUGCCCUGUAUCAACAAGUUUUACUACAAGCUUUACUAUGCUGUACCCUCAGAACAGGUGGACCGCAGUGACAAAGUGUUCAACUUUGAGUGUCUCUUCAAGCAGUAUGUGACAGAAUGGUCUUUUCCCAGGAGUGAAACUGCAAACGUGCUGCUAACUUUACAAGAGUGGGUCAAGUCACACCCAGAACACAAGGUUCACUUCCCAGUGGAGGUUCGGUUUGUCCAAUCAGAUGACAUCUACCUUAGCCCCUGCUACCAACAGGACAACUGUUACAUCAACAUCAUUUCUUACAGACCUUAUGGAAAGGAUGCACCAAAGGAUGCUUGGUGGGACAUGUAUGAGAGUGUCAUGCAUAAGGUUGGAGGGAAACCUCAUUGGGCAAAGGCUCACAAGGUGACCCCCGAUCAGUUCCAGAAGCUGUACCCAAUGUUUUCCAAGUUCUGUACAGUUCGAAAGCAGCUAGACCCACAAGGCAUGUUCCUGAACCCCUACCUUGAGCGCCACAUCCUUGGCAUGACCCCGCAAAUGAAGUUUGAUAUGAAAAGUCAUCUAUAGCAAAACACCAUAGGACAUGGACUGUCUUUUGCAUGGAGUAAUACUAUUAUAUUAGGCUGCCAAAAUGCUUUCCGUUUUAUGAUUAGAGUGUGUGGCACUAAAUGUCUUGGUUGUAGUAGUGCACACCUACAUGUACAACAUGUUUGCUUUUACUUAUGCUAGGCUGUAGCAAGGACGUUAUAACAUUCUUGGCUGUUGGUAAGUUUUCCUCCUUGGUUUUACCAAACACUCUUUUACAAAGAGGAUGUUUGAAUUAACUAAUAAAAA